AUGGCGGGCGCGGACCCGAUUGUGGCGGUGGAUGUGCGCGACGACAGGUUGCGGGUUGCGGCGGUGCUGGGGGCUACAUUAUGGUUAAUGCUGCUGCAACGGAUGUUGUGCCGCCGUGCGUUUGUUCCGUUUCUGGCGGAGCAGUAUGCUCGGGGCGAGUUUCCUGCCGAUGAGCUGGGCAGAGUGUAUAAGGUGCAGGAUUACGAGGAGGCGUUUGCGGACGUUCGUGAGGGGAAAGUGAUCAAGGCGGUGUUGGAUUGAACUGCAUCGAUGGGAUCCUAUCAGUAUUGUCCAUUGUCAAUUAACCGUGCGUGUACAGCAUAAAGGCCGGGGAAGUGUUGCUGUGUUGCAGCGUUGCAGCAUUUAGUCGGGAUUACUGAUCGAGUGGCCUGACACGGAUGGCGU